UCAACAACAACAUGAAGCUCAUCGUGGUCGUUUCCGUACUUUCCUGCGCGCUAAUGCUCGAAGCGGUUCCCUUCGGGCCGCUUGGCUUGGGCUCAAGAGCAGCGCACGCCCUUGGCAAUCAUCUAUUAGGACUUGGCAGUCGUGGCGAGCGCGGCCUCGACGAUGUAGCCGGCAACUACAGUCCUGAGGGCAUCCAAGACAAUCUGUCCAACUUGGACGCUGAUGGCAAUCCGAUAGUUGAGGGAGCGCGUAUUGGUGCUGGUCUAUUGAACGAAGGCGCUCGCGAUAUUGGUAUCGGUGAUUUGGGACUGGGAGGGGGAGAGUCGCACAGCAGGAGGUACGCCAACGGCAGGAACCGAGCCGCUCAGAAUUAUAACAGAGGCGAGGGCGGCGCAGAGAACCAGUACGCACACAACGCUGGCGCUAAGGAGUUCCACAAUGUUGGACAGCGCCACAAUAAGGCCGUGACGGUGACCAAAUCCGAGAACGACGAGAGCCACAACAUAGGCGGCUCCGCGGCUCACAACAUCGGAGCCAGGGCAGGCCGCCGGUUCCACAACCACGCUAACGGUGCCGUCGACCGAGCCAACGACUACGCCCAGGGUGACGACCAAUCUACUGGCUUGAUCCAGUAAGGAAUAUAAUCUUAAACUAAGUAUUUCUAUUUCUUAAAUGUGUUCAAUAAAUACGUUUUCUAUUAAAAUGUAUUUUAUUCCCAAAACUAUUA